CUCUCUCUCUCUCUCUCAGAGGCAGUCUCCGAGAGCAGGAGGAAAGAGUUCAGGACUAGAAGCAUCGGACUGCUCCGGAGAGGGCACCGAAGCAGCAUCUGAGGUCGGAGGUGGUCCGCUUUGUUCUUGGGCUGCGGGAGACAUGUGUGACUACUUCUGGCAACGGAGGGAGAAUGGCCAAGGAGAUCUCGCCGACGUCGUCCGCUCAGGAGGGUCGGGUUCAGCUUCGGGGAGUGAGUUCCCGGUGGUGAGCGACUGGCAUCCCCCUUCGGAGCCAACGGUGCCCCCCUCCUCCUCUACGGUCGAGGACAUGAACAACGACUUCGGAGACCCUUUCGCCAAUCUCUGCGACCCUCUCCUCAGUGAAUUGACCGGCAUCGAGUUCUUCCACAACAGCGGCGAAAUGAUUACAGGAGGACAGGUCAAGGCGGCGACAGAGAGCACCGGCGGCGGCGGCGGUGGUGGAAUCAUGUCCCAGCAGUUGCUCAUGAGCGAGGAGAUGAUCACGAAGCCUCGUGAUAUCAUCCCAAGGGCCUUCCAGCUCUCGUCAGGAGGAGCCAAGCCUUCCCCUCUCUCUCCGAUAGAGGCAAGCAGUGGUGCAGUAGGCUGUUCGGCAGACGAUGGUGGCGUGCAGAUCUCGUCUACAAGAUCACUUGGUGUCAAGCGGAGGAAAAACCAAGCGAAGAAGGUGGUGUGCAUUCCUGCUCCGGCGGCGGCAACCAACCGGUCUAGCGGAGAGGUCGUUCCUUCUGAUCUCUGGGCCUGGAGGAAGUAUGGCCAGAAACCCAUCAAGGGAUCUCCUUAUCCCAGGGGUUACUACAGAUGCAGCAGUUCCAAAGGAUGCUCUGCGAGGAAACAAGUAGAGCGCAGCCGAACCAACCCCAACAUGCUGGUCAUCACCUACACAUCGGAGCACAACCACCCGUGGCCGACGCAACGCAAUGCUUUAGCCGGAUCCACGAGAUCCCAAGCAUCGAAGAAUAGCUCCUCCGCGUCAAAGACCUCCUUCGGGCGCAGUCUAGUAUCCCCCACGGCUCCGAAGGCCGAUCCCAAGGUAAAGGAAGAAGAAGAAGCCGCAGAGAUAGAUAACGAGCCGAUGAUCCCUGAAUCGAACCAUCCCGAUGACUUCUUCGCGGACUUGGCCGAGCUGGAGACUGACCCGAUGAGUCCCAUCUUCUCCAAGGUUCUUAUCCACGCCAAGCAGCCGGAGGAGGAGGAGGAGGAGCCUGAGGAUAAGGGCUUGGGUCCAUUAAACAUGUGGUAGGCUCAGCAAAACGCAUGCAUUACAUGUCAAGAAGAAGAUGAGUCUUGAGGGUGUAGCUAUGUGAUGUUAUCUUAAUAGAAAAGGGUGAGGGGGGAAAGAAGAGCAGUGGAAUGAUGGAGGAUGGGACAGAAAGCUAAGGAACAUAAGCAUUCAAACAGUUGGAAUGGGUACGAUAUGUCUGAGAUGUGACCGUAAAAGCCUUCACAAUGGACUUAAGAGGCAUAGGUUGGCAUUGUUCUCCUUCCACUAUUUCUUCCUCUCCCUCUUCCUCUCAUCCAAAAGUAGGGAGAGAGUUUAGAGUUUGCUCAUAGGGUUAAGUAAUAAGGAUGUGGAGGAGGUCAAAUACUAGUAGUAGAUUGAUGAAGAUGAUGCUUUGUUAGACAACAUCAGACACUCUUCUGUUCCUCAGCUUUCUAUUCCUGUUUGUACAUAUGUGAUGAAGGCAUUACUGUCAAAGUCUUUGAGUAUUCAGAUUGAUGUUGAGAGAGAGCCUUUCAGAGCAUAAUUCAAUCCUCAUUGCUUUCCUCCUUUUUACUUUUUCCUGUUGAUGUGGAAUCCACAUUGUGUUCUACAUAUUACUUGUGUGGUAUUUGUGUGUGUGUGUAUGAGAGAGAGACAGAGAGAGGAGUUUAGAAUGUUUAAAUGAAGUUUCUGUUACUAUAGUGAUCAACUCAUUACUAAGCAUUCAGAUUGGUGUA